AUGCGUGAACGCCAGAGGGUCAGUCAGCACUGCGUAAAGGCUGAAGUUUCUGUUGUUGCGCCGAUUGCCGAUUCUGUUUACAGAAUUGUACAUUCAGCUAGAACGACACCACGCACUCGAAGCAAGGAGUGGAAUAGGUCAAACGGUGCGUGCGUGAGCGAGUUGUUCGAUGAGGUUGCUCCUCACAAGAACGUGUUCGAUCGUGCGCUGCUCGCUGAGAAGCGAUUCAACGUCUUCUGCGCCUGCGCCGGUCACAAGGCAUGUAACGACGUUUUCGAGUCUCCACAGUCUGUCGCCACAAACGCGACGAUGUGGAAGUUCAAUCGAAGUUCUGCGACUGUCUGUUCAACUGUUUAUCGGAUGACCGAUGGACGAGUUUUCCAACUGUGGCGAAGAGAGCAGCAUUCGAUCGAAGUAAUGCCGGCGAUGUGCAGCCCGCUGUCCGGCAAAACGUACGCCCGCGGCUUCAGUGCAGAAGAAGACGAAACCCACGACGAGGACGAAUAA